AUGGCGCAGAUUCAAGUGCAGCACCAGAAUGUGGCGGCUGCUGGGCCCAACGGAGUGGCGGCGCCAAGUGGAGCGGCAGCUGCGGCGGCUGGACAGUUUAUGUCGACCUCUCUGUACGUGGGGGACUUGGAUUUAAACGUGACGGACUCUCAGCUGUAUGAUCUGUUCAAUCAGGUCGGACAGGUUGUGUCGGUUAGGGUUUGCCGAGACCUCAGUACUCGCCGCAGCCUUGGCUAUGGUUAUGUCAACUAUAGCAAUCCCCAGGAUGCGGCAAGAGCUCUGGAAGUUUUGAAUUUCACUCCCCUUAAUAACAAGUCAAUCCGAGUCAUGUAUUCGCAUCGGGACCCAAGUAUUCGUAAAAGUGGAACAGCAAAUAUCUUCAUCAAGAAUUUGGACAAAACAAUUGAUAACAAAGCUUUGCACGACACUUUUUCAAGCUUUGGCAACAUCCUCUCGUGCAAGAUUGCAACAGACCCUAAUGGUCAAUCAAAAGGCUAUGGAUUUGUACAAUUUGAUUCUGAAGACGCUGCACAAAGUGCUAUAGAUAAGUUAAAUGGCAUGCUUAUUAAUGAUAAGCAAGUGUAUGUUGGGCAUUUCCUUCGCAAGCAGGAAAGGGAAACUGCACUACAUAAGACGAAAUUCAACAAUGUUUAUGUGAAAAAUCUAGCUGAAUCUACUACAGAUGACGAUUUGAAGAAAAUUUUUGGUGAAUAUGGAGCAAUCACUAGUUCUGUAGUGAUGAGGGAUGCUGAUGGAAAGUCAAAAUGUUUUGGAUUUGUCAAUUUUGAAAAUGCUGAUGAUGCUGCUAAGGCUGUUGAAGCUCUAAAUGGAAAGAAAGUUGAUGACAAGGAGUGGUAUGUAGGAAAAGCCCAGAAGAAGUUGGAGCGAGAACAAGAACUUAAGAGUCGAUUCGAGCAGACCGCCCGGGAAGCUGUUGACAAAUUUCAAGGGCUUAAUUUAUAUAUUAAAAACUUGGAUGAUAGCAUUGAUGAUGACAAACUGAAAGAACUGUUUACAGAGUUCGGUAAUAUCACUUCAUGCAAGGUUAUGCGAGAUCCUAGUGGCAUAAGUAGAGGAUCUGGAUUUGUUGCCUUUUCAACCCCGGAGGAAGCUUCUAGAGCACUUUCUGAAAUGAAUGGGAAAAUGGUGGUCAGCAAGCCAUUGUAUGUUGCGCUUGCUCAGCGUAAAGAAGAGCGAAGAGCAAGGUUGCAGGCUCAAUUUUCACAAAUGAGGCCUGUUGCAAUGCCACCAUCAAUGGCUCCCCGUAUGCCUAUGUAUCCCCCUGGUGCUCCUGGUAUUGGGCAGCAGCUAUUUUAUGGGCAAGCUCCUCCUGCUAUAAUUCCUCAGGCCGGUUUUGGCUAUCAGCAGCAGCUUGUUCCUGGAAUGCGUCCAGGAGGUGCUCCUAUGCCAAAUUUCUUUGUGCCCCUAGUCCAACAGGGUCAGCAGGGCCAACGUCCUGGUGGCAGGCGAGGAGGUGGUCCUGUGCAACAAAAUCAGCAGCCUGUGCCGCUGAUGCAGCAGCAAAUGCUACCGAGGGGUAGGAUGUAUCGGUUUCCUCCUGGUCGUAAUGUGCCAGAUGUGCCCAUACCUGGGGUUGCGGGAGGGAUGCUUUCUGUUCCAUAUGACAUGGGUGGCAUGCUUCCUCGAGAUGCUGCUAUUCCACAGCCCAUGCCAAUUACUGCUCUUGCUUCUGCUCUUGCAAAUGCAACUCCUGAACAGCAGAGAACUAUGUUGGGUGAGAACUUGUACCCUCUUGUUGAUCAACUGGAGCAUGAGCAUGCUGCGAAGGUUACAGGCAUGCUUUUGGAGAUGGACCAGACUGAGGUUCUGCAUUUGCUUGAAUCUCCUGAGGCUUUGAAAGCCAAGGUUGCUGAGGCGAUGGAUGUCCUGAGGAAUGUUCAGCAGGCUAACAGCCCUGCCGACCAACUUGCCUCACUUUCACUGAACGACAACCUUGUUUCUUGAGCAUCUGGUCUUUUAAGUGAUUGCAGAUAUUGGCCUGGCCAAUCUGAAUCAACUUUUUGCUAGUGAGGGUGCUAUUUUAGGAUGAAUUUUGGGUAAUGUUUUUAGGUUUUUGAACUUGUGAGAUCGUCUUGGUUCCAAAUUAUUUCUGGAUUUUUUUAAGAUCAUCGGUGAUUUUUAAUAUAUAUUGGUUGCUAUUUCAUUC